UGUCAAUUGCUUUUUGGAUUCAAAUUGGGAUAAUGCCUCAAAUUUGCGAAAACACCCAUGCAAAGGACUUGGAAAAAGAGAUCCUAGAUCUCGAGUCUCGCUUGCACAAUGCCAAAUCAAGUUUAGCAUCGGUCUCCGCCCCGCGGAGUAAAGAGAAGAAGACAUCCUGGUCGCAAUUUUCUAAUAACACACUCCAAUUGAGCUCUAUCCAUGCCCUACUUCUUCUGUCGGAUUCCGCCCUCCCAUUAGGUUCCUUUGCCUACUCCAGCGGCCUGGAAUCCUACCUCGCGCAUAAUAAACCCCUCCCCAAAUCGAUCACCCCAAUAGCAUCGUUCCACCGUUUCUUGAAACUAUCAAUUACAUCGAUCGCUAGCACCUCCAUACCCUACCUUCUGGCGGCUUAUCGACACCCGGAAACACUGGAAACGUUAGAUAACGAUUUGGAUGCGUCGACACCAUGUGUAGUUGCCCAGAGAGCGAGCGUUGCCCAAGGAAGAGCGCUGCUGGGGGUCUGGGAGCGAGCCUUUCGGGGCACAUACGCUUCCCCCAACCUUUACUUGUCAGGUGAUGACGGUGCUGCAACAGCAGCCAAGACCAUCGAAACCUUCUCGGACGCCCUCAAAUCCUGUUUUGACAAUGCAGACCAUUUAGGACCAAAAGGUCACUUUGCGCCACUGUGGGGUGUUGUAUGUCGGGCCAUGGGAGUGGAUCUGCACCAAGCGACCUAUAUUUUUAUGUUGAACCAUGCAAAGGCGGUUCUCAGCGCUGCUGUCCGCGCAUCGGUGAUGGGCCCUUACCAGGCCCAGAAUGUUCUUGCCAGCAAGUCUUUGCAGGAUAUGAUCGUGGCUCGAAUAGAUUGGGAGUGGGAGACCGCCGUAGAGGAUGCAGGCCAGGUGGUUCCCCCGCUUGACUUGUGGGUCGGGAGACAUGAGCUACUAUACAGCAGAAUAUUCAAUUCAUGACAUUGAGAAUGCGUUGACAAUUUCUUUUUAUUGGCCAAAGUAAUUAUGAUUGCGGCAUAACACCAUGAAUGUCGCUGCAUUUCUCAUCCUUUUCUCAUCCAGAGCUCCCUAGUUAAUCCUACAUCUAACAAUAGCAAAUGUGCACCAUUUAUCCCACCUAGGUGUCCUCGAACACUGACGUGGGUAUCCAAGAAAUCCCGACAGGAAAAAAA